CAUGAGCAAACUUUUUCUCUCAAUUGCAGUCCUCUGGUAUUAAAUUGGAUGCUGAAUGCAAAGAUAUGUUCGCUAAAAUUAAAGACAAAAAACAGCAUGGAUAUGCAGUCAUGAUGAUCAAUAAAGAGAAAACGGCAGUUGUGAUGGAAAGGAAAGGUUUGAAGCUCGAAGACAGAGAAGUAGGUACGACUCAAAAAAGUUUCGAUGAGAUGAGAGAAGUAGUUCUGGAAUCCAAAGAACCUCGUUACAUCUUGGCGGACGUCACAUAUGAAAGGGAAGGAGCUGGUAAAAAAGAUGUUGUUGUGUACAUAUAUUGGUGUUCAGAUGGCGUGUCAGUGAAGCAAAAGAUGGUCUAUGCCUCUACAAAUGAGGCCCUGAAGAAAUCAUUUACUGGGAUUAAAUGCGUGGAAUGUCACGAUGAUGAUGAAUUCACCUAUGAUUUUAUAGUAGCGAAGUUGAAACAACAGGACAGAGCUUGAGAAACUUGUUGUUAGCUUGUCAUAUACUCACUUUUGCGAUUAAUUUGUGAUGAGAAAACUCCCAAGUUGUGGAUGCUUACCAGGAAUGUGUAAUUUUAAAUAAAACAGCAUCGCUAUGUGCAACUGGGUAAUGUAGUUUUAACACUUAGAUGUACCGGUCUUGACAGAAAAGCAGUAAAACCUUCAAUUUCAUUAGGGUGUGGGGAAGAUUGACUUAAUGAAUGGAAAGUCUUGUUCCGAUGCCUCUAGAUCAGGCUCAAAAUCAACAAAUUACUAUUGUUUUUAUCCUUAAAAAUAGUUGUCAAGAUACUGCACAGUUUACUCUGUGCCCUGUGCCAUAACAAUGAUGUUAGUGUAACACUAUGUGAAAUUAUAGGAGACUGUUGACCAGGAUGUUGUCUCCAUCUAUCUGCAUAUUUCAGUGGGUUUAAUAACAAAGACAAUGUUCCUAAUAAAAGCACUGUUCAUCUUGUACCAA